CUUAUGUCAAUCAAGUUAAAUAACUACUGUUUACAGUUUUUGAGGGUAAAUAAAAUAAAUAUAUUUUCUUAUACACCAAUGAAAAAUACUGUACUUGAAAUUUCUUAAAAGUUUUUCACCACAAGAUAUAUAAUGGAGAUUACAAAAAAUAACUUUUCUCAAGAAUUAGACAACAUAACCAAAAAUUUGAAACAAUCGUGUUUCGUGGGCUUCGAUGCGGAAUUCACAGCUAUUUUAUCGGGUGAAUGUUUUAAUCAUAGAUUAUUCCACACCAGCAAAGAAAGAUAUGAUCUUAUAAAAAAUGAAGUGAGCAAAAUGAUAAUGACUCAGGUCGGCUUAACAAUGUUCCAGUAUGAAAGAGAACAAGACAGCUAUAUAGCUGUUGGUUACACAUUCCAUUUGUGUCCGCAAACCUUCGGUGAUAUAGACCAGUCCUUUAUAUUCCAAGCAUCCACGCUUCGAUUUCUUUGUAAACACAAAUUUAAUUUCAACAAGUUCAUAUAUGAUGGCCUUCCGUACUUGAGUAAAACUGAGGAGAAGCUUAUACGGCAGCAGAUAAAUGAUAAAACUCUAUUUAUUAAUCUAAUUAAUAGUAUAAAUAUGGAUGAUGAAAGAACUCUACAGCAAUACUGCUCUGAGGUGUCGAAAUGGCUGAUGAAUGGUGAAGAAGAAACCCUGUACUUUGACAUUGAGAACCCUGUGAUGCGUUAUAUUGUCCACAAUGAAAUAAGACUGAGAUUUCCUGAUGUACUUACGACUGAUAGCUUAGGUAAUAGCAAUAAGGUCCUCAUAUACCGAGAUAAGAAUGUAGAAGGCGCAAACAGUGCACCAAUAACAUUACUGGAAGAAAACUUAAUGAGCAACAUAUUAGGAUUCUCACAGAUAAUUAAUUUACUCGCAGAGCAUAAAAAACCUAUUGUGGGUCACAACAUUUUCUUGGACACUGUGCUUUUACACAGUCAGUUUAUAGGACCAUUGCCAAAGAAUUAUUCUGUAUUUAAAAAAAAUAUCAAUAAUCUUUUCCCAGUGAUAUUCGAUACAAAGUACAUAUCUCAUGAAAUGAGCAGAAAAUUAGCAUUCGAUGAAACAUGGAAAUCAAAUGCGCUCCAAGAUUUGUAUGAAUACUUUUUAGAUGGGAAGUGUAAGAGGUUACAAACUGGUAUGAAUAUCGUUAAAAUAAAAAUCCCAUUUGAUGUGAAGCAAAGCUACCAUGAAGCAGGAUGGGACUCAUAUUGUUCAGGGUACUGCUUCAUCCGUUUGGGUCACUGGGCGGCCUGUGAGGUCAGUGGAAAAUUUAGACCCGUCGGACCAAAAGAAAAACUUGCUGCUCUGAGUCCUUUCUGCAAUAAAGUUAAUAUGAUUCGCGGAGCUGUUGCUUACAUGAAUCUCGUGAACAACGAUCCGCCGAGUCAUCGCCCCGAUUUACUUCACGUUAAAUCAAUUAAGGAACGAGUUAUUAAUGUCGGAAAGAUAACGUCUGUGCUCGCGAGUUUUGGAUCUGUGGACAUAAAACGUUAUGGCAGUCGAACUGCGCUCGUCGCAGCCAGCUCGCGGAACGUAGCGGACAAGAUAUUGAAACAGUUUAGGAACGACCGUGACUACAGAAUAGCGCCAUAUAGUUUUGUCAAACAUUCUCCCGUCGGCCGCGUAGCUGUUUGGAGCAGCGCUAUUAUAACCGGUAGCAUAUUACUCAUGUUCAUACAUCGACAAUUCAAUACAAAACUUUUAUAAUUAAAACUCCUUAUUUCUUAAAGCAAGGAGUUUGAAUAACAAAUUACUUGGCGUCAUCAAAAAAAUGAAAUCGUUUAUUUGUUUAAUCUUGUUAAAAAAUUAAAUAUUUAAAUAUAAAUAAAAUCUUUGUAUACAUUUUGUAGUAACCAUCAGGCUGCCGAAUUAUUUUGUUAAGCAGUUGCUGAAAUCGUUUGUUAUUAGGAUUAAUAAAGUGUUAUGCAAUAAAUUGUUUCGAUACAAAUUUAUAAAUAAAAUGUUCCUCUGCCUCUA